AUGGACGCUCGUUACAACAAAACCCAAGCCAUGGAAGAUCUUAUCCGGUAUACAGAGGCCAGAGGUAGAUGCGACAUCGGUACCGAUUGCCAGCAACUGCUUGAAGUCGACAUUGAUAAACUCGAAAUCGUGGCGUACACAAGGCCAGACACGUACCGUCUUUGCAAAUUCGACGAGAAAUCCGAUAGUAUGCAAGAGGUUAUCGUACGACUUCAAGGCAUUUUUGCUGAGACUCAUGUUAAAAAGAUUAGAGGUCUUCGUCAAGCAGUUCAAGUUACCGGUCUCGGAGAAGACAUCUUUGGAUCUAUCAUUCGAACGGUAGAAAAAAUUCAUCAAAAAUUCGAACUAGCGUUGCCGGUCAACACUUUGGGAUCUUUUCAACGCGGAGAAUACGAGGGCACAGUAGCACUGUAUGCUCACAACAGAUAUUUCACCGACAGAAGGCUUGCACCUCAACAAGAACACCAGCCUUUUCUUCCCAUGGUCGAUCCAUACGGCGCAUUGGACAAAUUGCGAUCGCAAACAUUUAUUCACAGUUGCGACAACAUAGUUGAAUACACCUCGUUGAGGAAGGAUGCAAAAGGGAAUGACGAAUAUUUCGUUAUCAAUCCAGCCACUUUUGGUUUGGGAGAUAUUGUGGAGAUCAGCGUUGGCUUCGUCUGUAUUCCCAUCAUAAACGGAUAUAAGUUCAUGGCGACGUUGAGAGGAAUGGUUCUUUUGGACAACAGUGUACGAAAGAAAGCGUUGGCAGUCAGCAAGGGUUCCCUGCUGCCUACUUUAGGCCCCGCAUUGACCUUGAAACGUAAAAUGCUAUACAUUAAGGACCAACUCGACGAAACAACUAGACAUCUUGUUACACACUUCGACUUUAUGGAAUUCGACCCGAAACGAGUUCACAAGACGGUGUGCGAUAUCCUGGACGACAGAGCUAGCAAUAACCUUGACAGCGAUUGGGAGGCACUUAAAAGCGCAGCUGAUGAAUUUCUACAAGCCGUGGAAACUUUCGAAAUCGCUGAUGACGACGCCGACAUUGAGCUUGAUAGCAUAAAAACAACGUCUGACAAAACAAAGGGCAAGAGCGGUUUCAGUCGCGUUGAGCGACUAGAAUUGUUACACGCCCAGGUCUAUCCCGACGUCUAUGAUAAAGCUUGCAAAAUGACGUCUUACGCGCAAGCUUUACACACAAAAUUAGCGACAGCUUCACAAAAGAACAAAGAGUUUGGAGAGAAGAUGGAUAAUGCGCUUACAUUUUUGACUGAGGUGGUUGGAAUGUUACGCGACAACGAAGAAAAUACCGAGGCUCAGUUGGGUUAUGAGAUGGACAAUCCUCCUAUGGAUACAGACUCGGAUGAGUCUGAGAACUAG